AUGGCCAGCUACAAACGGACUAUAAUCAUUUUGAUCACACUUCUCCAAUGUCAGGACUCAAUCCAAGUCCGUCACGAGUGUGUGGCUCGAGGAGAAGACGCUGCUCUCCUGUGUGAGCGUGUGGAGGCAGGACAGCAGCAGUGUGAGCAGACCUCCUGGAUGUGGGACGGAGCUCCUCAGAGUCUGGUCACAUCGGGACGAGUCGUAUCAGAGAGAGUCAACCUGACUGAAACAUGCUCUCUGCACAUGAAAGACGUGCAGCCUCAGGAUUCUGGUUUGUACACAUGCAGACAAUGGGAUCGGAAUGGACAAGCUUUCCCACAGGACUAUCCGGUCUCCCUGUCUGUGGUCACUGUGACUGAAGCCAAAGGCGAUUCAGAAACAUCCUUUCUGUGUGUAGUUACCAGAGACCGGCUCUGUACCGCAGUCCCAGUCAGAUGGUUUUUAGGUGGAACUCGUAUUGGGGACAACGAUCAGGGUCUGGUGGUGGCAGGGUCUAUCUGCUGGACCUCAGUGACGAUGCCCACUGUUUUACUCAGCAACACUCUGAAACGAGAAGACUUCACCUGUAAAGUUUCAUGUCGGGAUAAAGAGAUCCAUUUUCACCUAAAAGACAAACCAGGGAAACAGCAGAAGCCGAUGAUUCCUUCUUCUAUUCCUGCAAAGGAGGAGGCCAUCACCUACAGCUCUGUGAAAACCCCUGAGGACGACUUUGUCAACCAACAAACCAACUGA